AUGGAAAAUGAUUCAAACGCAAUUACAACGUUAAAAAUCCUAAUCAUUGGAGAAAGUGGCGUUGGAAAGUCGAGUUUGAUGCUUCGGUUUGUCGAUGAUGUUUUCGACCCCGAACAAGCUGCCACAAUAGGCGUAGAUUUCCGAGUUACGUCUAUGACGGUUUCUGGGAAUCGAGUCAAGCUUGCGAUUUGGGAUACUGCUGGACAGGAACGUUUUAGGACAUUGACACCUAGCUAUUAUCGUGGAGCUCAAGGAGUGAUUUGUGUGUACGAUGUAACGAAUCGAAGCUCAUUCGAUAAAUUGGCUCAUUGGAUGACUGAAGUUGAUACGUAUUGUACAAAUGAUGACGUGGUUAAAAUGCUUGUGGCGAACAAAAUUGAUAUGCCAAAUCGGGUUGUGUCGCGUGAAGAAGGGCUAAAAUUCGCAAGAAGACAUCGUACACUCUUCAUUGAAGCCAGCGCCAAGACUAAAGAAGGUGUUCAGUGUGCAUUUGAAGAGCUUAUCGAAAAGAUUAUUCAAACUCCGUACUUGUGGGAAAAUGAGCGACAAACUUUCCGAUUAGGAGACUCUGACCAAUCAUCAAAUUCAUCAUGCCUUUGCUAA